AUGACCUUCAGAACACUAGCCGCACAGCUGUCGAGUCGGCUCAGGGGCUCGCCAGUCCUCGAUGCCAACUCGCCGGGAUACGAGGAGAGCUUGAAGCGAUGGAAUGCUGCGAUGGAGAAGAAAGCUCCGAUAGUCGUCUAUGCUACCUCUGCAGAAGAUGUCGGAACCGUUCUGAAGUUCCGAAAAGAGCACAAACUCGACCUAGCAGUGUGUGGAGGCGGCCACUUCGCGGGCGCCGCCAGCGUCACUGACAGCGGAAUCUCCUUGAACCUCUCCCGUCUCAACUACGCCAGAGUAGACGCAAAGAAGAAGGAAAUCACCGUUGAUGGCGGUACGACAGCGGGUGCAGUCGCAAGAGCCGCAGCCGAGCACCAGCUUGCCGUUGUGGCCGGCAACGUUUCACUCCCCGGCUUCGCUGGAGUCUCGCUGGGUGGAGGCUAUGGCGCAUUGACCGGCCAAUCUGGCGUAAUGGCUGAUCAGGUACUCAGCGCCGAAGUUGUGCUAGCGGACGGCACUAUCGUGACUGCCAGCCCUACCAAAUGCCCCGACCUGUUCUGGGGGCUACGAGGCGCAGGACCCAUGUUUGGCGUCGUGACUCAACUCACCGUACGACUACACCAGCUGCACAACAACAACGCGGUUUUCGCUGGCGCCAUCAUGUUUCCAACGACCCGAAUUCAGGAGCUGCUGCAGGUUAUCAACCGCAUUGCACCAGAUCCGAUUGGCCGUGGCAGCAUCACACUAGUCCUCGCCAGCUCGCCCCCGACUAUGACGCCUAUGCUCAUCGUUAGCGUGUUGUAUGACGGCACCGAGGACGAAGCGAUGACCUUUUUGGGAGCACUGUACGCUCUGGGGCCGCAGAUGCAGUUCACCAGUAUGAUGCCGUACGAGAAGGCGCUUACGCUGGUUGAUUGGACAGCGGCAAUGGGUAAGCGGCAGCAUAUGGGAAGUGGGAUUCAUCGGUAUCCACUGGCACUGGAGACGUUAAAGUGGGUGAUUGAACGGCAUGCAGAGGCUUGUCGGAGGGGUGAUGAUGGUUCGAGCAUUGAUGCGGAAGUGCUUUUCGAGUUUCAUCAGCUGGACAAGGUUGGGAAGGGGCCGGAGGUAGAGUCAGUAUUCCCUCGCAGAGGUACGGCGCAAAACGUGAUGGUGGUAUCGAAUCAUACUCACCCAAGCGAGGACGUGGUGGCCGCGAGGUUCGUGCAUGAUGUGGUGCAGUACUUAUGGGGCCAGGCGGCGGUUGAGGCGUACGGAUUUGAGGUUCUUGAUGGUGUCUCAGGAGAAGAAGACUUAGGAGUCUACACUGGUUAUAACAACAACACUAUGCCUGUUGAACAGGUCUUUGGUUCAGCUCGGACAGAAGCACUGCGAGAGUUGAAAGCCAAGUACGAUCCAGAGAACGUCUUCAACAAGUGGUAUGCUCUCGACAGGAAUGAUGAGCUGGGAGCACCUCCACAGUAUCGCAUAUGA